CCCUGACAAGAAAACGAGCUCCAAUAGCCUUGGCAUGUGAAGCAUGUCGACAGAAGAAAAUAAAGUGUAACGGAGCUCGACCGGUAUGCUCUCAAUGCCGGGCACGGAAACUCGAGUGUGUUUACAGAGCGACGCCAGACACAGACUAUCGUGAUAAAUACGAGGCACUUCUAGAAUCACACCCUGCAGCCGUCGUAUAUCGAGCUAUUCAAACACGGCCACGAUCUGAAGCACUUGAAAUUGUCAGACGGAUUCAAGCUGGUGUCGAUGCUGAAACUUUGAUGCGCCAACUAUCAAGCGCCGAUUUACUCCUCCAAGUACAACUGGAGCCAGAAACAAGAUCACGAUAUCAGUUUAUCUACUCACCGCUCAUGCCUACAUAUCUUCAGACUGAAGAUAAUCCCUUCAUGAGAUCUCUUAUACAUGAGUGGAGCACAAGAGAUGAUAUUGUUAGUAUUGCAUCUCCGGUUUCUCCAGAAACAGAUUUGGGAUAUCGGGCGCAGUACUUGAGACCUCACCAUGCGGCAACAAUUGUCGACUCAAGGCUGGACGAGAUAGUACCUUCGAAAUGGACUACUGUGGACGUUAGCGAUGAUACAAUGAAGGAGCUUAUACGCGCUUAUUUCCUUCAAGAAUAUGACUGGUUCACGUUCUUUCAUAAGGACUACUUCUUAGACGAUAUGAUCAAUGGAUCUAAUACAUUUUGCUCAUCACUGCUCGUCAACGCUGUUUUGGCAUUUGGAUGUGGAAGUCCCCCCUCAUCUACUAUAAAGCUCAUGCUAAUAAGCUGUCAGCAAUGUCGAAACUCUGUAUCUGAGCCCGCAGAGUAUUGGAAUCCCAAUAGUCUUGGUUCUAAAUUCCUUGAAGAAGCAAGAAGGCUCUGGAUAAUGGAGGUGACGCAUAACAGAAGUUUGACAACGUUACAGGCAGCCCUUGUCGUGAACACUAUCGUCAAUAUGUUUGAUAUGGAUCCUUUAUCCUCAGCAUUCCUCGUUCGGUCAAUAGAAAUAGCCCAUGAGUUGGGGUUAUUUGAACCGACGACGUACAUAAUGAACAAGAAGUUGAGAAACUCAUAUGACCUUACGGCCUGGUCUUUGUUUCACUGGCAAUGUACGCUGAGUUACCAAUUGAUGACCCAGCCGUUAUUAAAAACACCACCCAAGACACCCCUUCCCGACCCUGACCGCGAUCCAGAGUGGUUUAGUGAGAUCUGGCUCAAGUAUCCUUCGAGUUCAACACUGGUGCCAUUGCGGCUUGGCUUGGUGUUCAAAGCAAAGAUGCGCUUUAGUGUCGUUCUUAACGAGGCAAUGUUAGAAGUUGAAAAAGAUUCAACUGAUUCUUACUUGUUUCGAAAUGGGGCCACAAGGAUCAUUAAGAUAGCGGAGAGAAUGGAUACAUGGUAUAAAGCUAUGCCAGAACCACUGUCACCAACGCAGAUUGUUUCACCUUCACAACUCAAGAUACAUCUUCAUUAUUGCUAUGUUAUCAUCCAGCUAUACGAAAUUCUCGCCCCAGGAGGACAUAGACAAGCCCCGAACCUCCCCAUCGAAGAAGAAGAUCUUCAAAAGUCCCUCUCAAAAUACCGAGGCUACUUCGAGACCAUUCUACGAAUUCACUAUCUUCGCCAUAGCUUCGAAUACGGAAACAUGAUGCUAACACGCUUCCUGUCAAUGCUAGCAUUUCUAUCCCUAAAAAAGAUCGAAUCCUUGACAACAUUCACCAAGCCAGAGCAUACCAUCACGGGAUCUGGAUUAGAUGUCGGAGACACAGAUCCCAAAGAAGCAAGAGCCACGCUUUUAAUAGCCCAGAAAGGCCUUAGUGAUCAAGGGAGAGGUUAUUACCUACCAAAGACACUGUUGCGGGAUAUUCUUACGAAUAUGACGGCGAGUGAUGCUACGAUUCUUCAGAGCUUUAUAACGAUUCUGCCUGAAGGCCCGGAGAAGACGCAGGAGAGGAAGAUGUAUAUGGAGAGUCACUGCCCACCGGAUAUUCUGCGUAUGGCGAAUGAUCCGAGUAAGCAGCCGGAUGGGAAUUGGAUACGAAAGUUUGCGAUGUUGACACUUGGGGAGAAGUCUGGGCGUUCGAUUUUGGGGAUGAUAUCCGGAGGCAGGGAAAGCUAA